AUGGAGUCGGACCAAGGAGGCCCAAGACCUGGGGACCUGAUUGAGAUUUUCCGCCCUGGCUUCCAGCACUGGGCGGUCUUUGUGGGGAACGGCUAUGUCGUCCAUCUGAGUGUUCUAAGUGGAUGUUCUGGAAGUGACUCUGCCGGCGUCGUGUCCCCGCUGAGCGACAAGGCCGUGGUGAGGAAGGAGCUGCUGCGCCGCGUGGCCGGGAGGAGCAGGUACCGGGUGAACAACAAGCACGACGGCGAGCACCGGCCGCUGCCGCCCAGCAAGAUCGUGCGGGCCGCGGAGGAGCUGGUGGGGCGCGAGAUGCCCUAUUCGCUGACCAGCAAGAACUGCGAGCACUUCGUGAACGAGCUGCGCUACGGAAUCAAACGCAGUGACCAGGUCACCGAGGCGUUCACCACAGUUGGAGUGACGGCAGGGGUCAUGGGAGCCGUGGUGGUCACUGCAGGCAUCAUCGGGAUGCUGUUGUCCAGAAACAAGCGGGAAAAGCAAUAAGGCCAAGAAAUUGUCCCCCAGCAGCCGUUGAACAUGAAGACGUCCUGCUUAACCUGGGAUUUAGCGUUUGAUUUAUUGACUUAACUGUGUCUUGUGAUCUUUUGGGUUUUAUUUAAUGGAAUUAAAUAAAAGGACAGGACGAUUUUAU